UUUUCUCUUGCACUCCACAGUAGAUCACUAUCCUUCCUAUCUUCAUCAACUUCUCAUUUCAUCAGUCAACAACCCCCCAUUACUUUCUCUCCUUUUUCUUGACACAUUCAAUAGCAAGAACAACAAUGGCUGACGCACUUGUAUCCCCAAUCUUGGAGCAGUUAACCACGAUCGUUGCUCGACAGGUACAAGAAGAGGUGAACCUAGUAGUGGGUGUGAAGAAACAAUGUGACAAGCUGAAAAGUAAUCUCCUUGAUAUCCAAUCUGUCCUUGAAGAAGCAGAUAGAAAACAAGUGAAGGAUAAGGCUGUAAGAGAUUGGGUAGACAAGCUCAAAGAUGCAUGUUAUGAUAUGGAUGACGUGCUAGAUGAAUGGAGCACUGCAAUUCUUAGAUGGAAAAUGGAGGAAGCUGAAGAAAAUACUCGCAGCCGACAGAAGAUACGGUGUUCCUUCCUGGGAUCUCCUUGCUUUUGUUUCAAUCAAGUGGUUCGACGUCGCGACAUUGCCCUGAAGAUCAAAGAAGUUAGUGAAAAAGUGGAUGACAUUGCCAAAGAGAGAGAUAAGUAUGGCUUUGAUCUGUACAGAGCCACUGAUGAACUCCAGCGACUAACAACUACCUCCUUUGUUGAUGAAUCAAGCGUGAUUGGUCGAGAUGGUGAAAAGAGAAAUGUUGUAAGUAAGUUGGUGGCUGAAAGUAGUCAAGAAGCACGGGACGUGGAUGUCUCAACAUUGAGAAAUUGUCCGAUGAGAUAUGCAGGUCAAUAUUCAAUAACUUGGCAUUCCACGAAAGACGCGAAGAUGAGCGCGAAGGAUUGACAGAUAUCAGCGAUAAAAUUGCAAACAAGUGCAACAAGAGAAGAGUGGCAACGUGUUUUUUCUAGCGAACUGUGGAGGCCAGAUGAGGUUGAUAGAGAUCAGGUUGAAAGACGAAUAUUUAUACCUUUGCUUUUGAGUUACUACGAUUUACCUUCUGUGGUAAGACAAUGUUUCUUGUAUUGUGCCAUGUUUCCAAAAGACUUCGAGAUGGUCAAAGAUGAAUUGGUGAAGAUGUGGAUAGCUGAAGGUUACCUCAAGGAGACUUCAGGUGGAGAUAUGGAGCUUGUAGGAGAGCAGUACUUUCAAGUCUUAGCAGCGCGCUCUUUCUUCCAAGAUUUUAAGAGGGAUCGGUUUGAAGGAAUGAAAUUCAAGAUGCAUGAUAUAGUGCAUGAAUUUUCCCGAUAUAUGACAAAAAAUGAAUGUCUAACCAUGGAUGUCAGUAAUCUUGGAGAAUCAACAGUCGAGACUUCAAUUGAAAGGGUUCGUCACUUAAGCUUGAUGCUGUAAGAGGAGAACUCUUUUCCCGUGUCCAUUCACAAAGCAAAAGGUCUUCGCAGCCUCUUGAUCGACACUAGAGACCCUUCGCUUGGAGCUGCACUGCCUGAUUUGUUCAAGCAGUUGACAUGCACCAGGCAUUGAAUUUGUCAGGGUCUUCAAUCAAAGAAAUACCAAACGAGGUAGGGAAAUUGAUACAUUUGAGGCACCUCAAUCUGGAAUUUUGUGGAGAGUUGGGGUCCCUGCCAGAAACCAUGUGUGAUUUAUGCAAUCUGCAAUCCCUAGACGUUGCUUGGUGUCGUUCUCUCAGGGAAUUGCCCAAGGCGAUUGGAAAACUUAUCAAAUUGAGGCAUCUCUGGAUUAAUGGUUCAGGAGUGGCCUUCAUACCAAAGGGAAUAGAGAGGAUAACAUGUCUUCGAACAUUAGAUAAGUUUAUUGUGUGUGGUGGUGGUGAGAAUGAAAGUAAAGCAGCUAAUCUAAGAGAAUUAAAAAACUUAAAUCACAUUGGAGGGAGUCUUGAGAUACGGAACCUACGGGGAGGU